AUGUCGCCUGCUUCGCUCCUCGACCGGUUGCCCUCCGAACUCUAUUCCGCCAUCUGCCAGCACCUCCCUCCCUCCUCCCGCCACGAAUCCGUGCUUUCCCUCGUCCGAGCCAUCCCUCGUUCGCCCGUACCCCGCCGCCACCUCUGGGAAUGCCUUCGCCUCACCCGCGCGCGCCAAGUCUUCCCUCUCUACCGUCAUCUGCGCAACGCUCGAUCAGACGCCGCCCUGGUCUGGUGGAUCUCCGUGGAAAUAUGGAAUGUAGAUGCAGACGUGCUUGUUAAUUUUCUGCGUUUGUUGGUCCGGACCGUUAGGACGCUGUCCAUGUUCAUCGGGCCGACCUUCGCUCCGGAACAUAUGGAGGAACUGUUAGCGGAGCCCUUCCCAGAGUUGCGUCGAUUUACGCUCCGCUUCAGACCAUAUGUUUCGAAGGCAACGUACGAGCCGUUCCUGAAAGGCGCAUACUUCGAUACCACUCUCCUCUCGCUGUCCCGAUGGCCACCUCGUCACCUUCAGCAUCUCUCUAUCGUACAGGACCCUCUCGACCCUGCUGUCGCCUCGCAGCAAAGCUUUGCCCAGCCUAUCGUGUUCUUCAGGCUAGAUCCCAUCUCCACCCUGCUGAAAUCCGAGAGUAUGAACUCGCUUGCAACUUUUCAGCUUCGGAUCCCUAUGCGCCAAGUCGGGAAAUAUCUCUAUGACCUGCACGCCUUCGCCCAUCAGGGUGUCCACGUCUUGGACCUGUCCACGUGCAACAUCUACGAGGCCGACGUCGACGCCAUUUUGCUACGUUUCACGGCUCUUCGCCACCUCAUUCUUGAUGGAUGCGGACUCGUGCGCGGCGAGUUCUCCGAGAGCGAUUGGGCAAACCUGGGUAGGAUAUGCGCUAUGACAGGCAUGAAACGGGCGCGCGUUAGGGAGAGGAAACUGAAGACAUGGCUGGAGGCUCAGAUCAAGGCCUACGAGGAGGCUGGUGACGAUGAAAACACGCAGAGCGGGGCUCGGGGAGCUACUCGGACAUCCAUGCCUCAGCAUCUCACGGAUGCUAUGGCUUCCCUCAGCGUUCGACACGACUCUCGCAGACCUCAACGCAGUCAGGUCGAGAAGCCCGAGAUUCCCCGCGUUCGCAUCAUACCACCCGGACCCUCCUUGCUCUCGCUCGCGACGAUACCAUCCAUGCUGGUCGAACCGGAAGAAUAUACUGCGGUGCGCGAGGCGUUCGGCCAGGGAUGGCAGGCCGGCAUACUCCAGGUCAAUCGCCUUCGGAGCCAGCUACGCACGUCUUGGAGAAACGGUGUCCGAAUUUUGCGCUUCGGGGAUUCGUCUAGCGGCGAGGAGGAAGGGUUCUCAGGUUUGGUGGACCUGGAUCACGACGAGGUAAACUGGUUCGAACCGGAGGAGGGCAGCUGUCCUGUUCUGUGUCUCGCCGGCUCAAACCACGCUAGCGUGGAGCAUGUAGCGGGUUGUGGACAUGACAUCAUUAGAACCGCGUUAGAGCAAUAG